AGAGAAUUGAGUUCAAUUUCAAACGAGGAUAACUUGUGAGUGUCAUUUCCAUUCUUCUCCUGUUUUCGCUUUCAUUUACCCGUCAAGAAAUGUUUUCUAUUUUGCGACAAAAACAAGUGAAAAUCUGUUUCAACCGACCGUCCUGUAUCAGUGCAUUCGAACAAGAGGGAACAAAAAUAGAUAAACAAAAAAAUAGUACAAGCAUCUUUAUGACCCUGGCCAGCACGCAGCACGACCACGUUCGUCGUCGUCCCAUCGCAGAGCGUGGUGCUGCGCUAGUGAUUGUCCUGUCAAAAAAAUUAUGACGGCUAACCGCAAAACGUCAAGAUGGUCUUGCCUUUGACGCGUUUUCGCAUUGAAGAUCGUGUGCGUUGGCCAGCUCGUGCACCUCCAGAGUUGUUGUGUGCGAAAGAACGCAUCUUCAAAAAUCUCUGUUGACGUCCUCAGCCUGUCGUCCUGCCGCUGCUUAUAAAAAAACGCUGCGCGAUUUGGGAAUAAACGUUGUUGGGCGGUGAAAAGAAUAAUCACCGGGGGAAAAUAGGAGAAGUUCUUGCGCCUACUGGUUCGAGAUCGAGGAGGAAGUUUCUGCAACGAGCUGAAGCCUGCCAAAAAUGACACUCUGGAUCCUGCAGAAUGUGGUCCUCUUCCGCAGUCCGUACGAGCGGGUUUUCAUCGCCCCCCGGGCUUCCGCCGGCUACUGCGUCUGGCUCGCGUGCACGAUUGCGAUACUGCUCUUGCCAAUUUUUCUCGCUUAUCAACUGGUACAAACAUGUAGCUCAUCUCCCUCUCAGCGGCAGUGUGAGAAAAAAAAUUUUUUUCAUGAGAAGCCAUAGUCAAGAACAUCUUGUUCCCGCGACAACAAAGUCGUGGUGAUUAUGGACCUUGCAGCUGCACUGCUGGUUCGUCAUGGUCAUGUUGUAUGAAGAAGACACACAAAGUCAAAGGCAAUGACAAAGUUUUGUUCGCGAACGGCAUCGAUCCAUAUAAAUAUCUCGCACACGACUUGGUCGCCGUGAGUGUGACACGCGAACCUCUGAGGACUACAUGUUUGCAGUGGAUAUCGUUUACGCUUCCGGGGGACUGUGGAUAAAAGAGGCGUUUUACAGGGAGCAGCCGUACUUUGAUGGUUAUUCUCUGUCCUUUUUAAAACUUGCUUUAAAAGAGCAACUUGCUCGUGCUGUAGCUGUACUAUGGAAGUGCUUGUUUUGUGGAUAAUUUCGUCAUCAAUGUCAGCAAGUGCACCGUGUUGUGAUGUGCUGCAAGUGUGAGAUUCCACGAUGCCACAGCACUUCCAAUUGACAACAAAACGUGAACAUCAGUGUUGUCCGAUUCAACCACGACAUGGUCGUUGCCGUCCAGGGAGACAAUACCGCCGGUUUUUGGAGCACUAUCCCAUGAAAAAUCACUCUAGGAGGAGGAGCACAUGAUCCACCUGUAUCACUCUCCCAACCGGAAUUCUAAGAUUUGUAAUGCGAAGACGGACCACGACCCUGCACCGCGCGCAAGUGCGCCACGAUCUGUGCCUUCUUGCGUUUUAUUUUCCGUUAUGCAUGUACUCAAAUGGACCCUUAGCAUCGGAGCGUAAGUGCUACUCCUAGACUCGAGAGUGGUUUUGCAUAGCAUACGUACGGACGUGAAGCUAAACGAAUUGAAUGCGAACUCCGUGAAAGUGCCAGCUGUCAGGUACUUAAGUCGCUUCACCGUCUUCUUUGUUGCUCGUGAAGUGGUAAAGCGACGAGCAAUUUGCUUUUGCAUUUGUAUCUUCUACGAAACACAUAGAUGAAGAAAGUGAAUCGUCAAAUGAUCUACAGCGCGUACUUCUGCAUCAUUUCAUCAGGUGAUAAUUUCUGUCCUUCACCAUUCAACGCAGGUAUCAAGAGCUCGACAAGGACGUAGACGGAAUACCCGACGAGCUGAUAGUGAAGGUCUCGAUGCCCGUUGCAGAGCCAGCAAAGCGAGUGCUGUUUCUGGGCGCGUUUCGAUACCAGUUAUCCGGAACCGUAAAAAUGAACAUGAAGGGCCUCUUAGCCUGCGACGAGUCAAGCGGGCUGGGAGCGUCAGGUAUGAAGAUAGAGAUAGUAUCGAUGAUGUGAUGGACGCCGGGCGGCAGGGGCUCAGCUGCUUUUCCAGGACCAUCUUCUUCGUGACCACGUUACUUUCACGUCAGUCUGUGCAAGCAAAAAACUGUACAUAGCUGCAAUUUCUUUUUCUAUUUCUUGCUGUGACAUUGAUAUUGAUUCGACGCGCUGAAGAAACCUCGAUGACGAGAGAUGAUCUUUCUCUGCGCAGAAAUUGUUUUCUUCCGAAAUUGGUUUGUCCAGGUGUCACACUGCAGGGCAGUGUCGAGCUUAGUCAAGCAGAGGCUCUGCGUAGUUUAUCGGAGCCACGAACAAAAUACAUCGCGAGUCCCCUGGCCUGGAGCUGGGAAAGCAGCACCGCCUACACCAAGCUUGACCCCUUCACGUUCCCCGCGUUACUAGAGCAGUACUCACAAAGGAAUGAGACAAUAAGGUAAAGCACAUUUUUAUAAUCUGUUUUCACCAGAACAACAUAGCCUGUUUCUAAAAUGACCCGCUUUCGCGUUUCCUCAAAAGAUGUACUCGUAGCUGUCUACUUUUAGAGAUGACAACUUGAAGCGUAAACUACUUUCGUCUACUUUGGCUUCAUCGGCAGGCUCCGCCCCGACCUCCCAGCGGUCUGGAGCUACCAACCUUCGAACACCUUUGAUCUCGAAUAUCAUCCAGAAAAAGAUGUCUACGAGAGUCGCACGUUGCCUAGGUCGAAAUCGAUGCAUGUGCCGCGCGCUAAUAUUACUGGAGAGUCAUUCCGGUUACGACGCAAACUUGAUUUGUAUUGCCAGAUUUUUUUCAGUACUUGGAUUUGUGGUCGUAUGUCUUAUUGUAGAACGAAAAGGUGGAGUGACAACUUGCUAGUAGGGAUUGCGAUUGCCCCCCUAACUCGACUUCGUGCGACCACUACGAGCAUUAUUUUUCCGUACCAUGUUGCAAUGAGGGCCCAGAUACCGAAGCAAGUCGUGUACUACACGCCCGUAUCCAGAAAAAAAAAACCAUCCCCAUCCAUUUUUAGCAUGACAAACACUGCACUCUAUGCAGGUUUUGCAUGACAAAUUGGAUGUGGAUGGGUGUUUUUUUCUGGAUAGCCCGGGGCGCUGGAGGAGCUGAAGCACGGGUGGGUGCACAUUGCCAGUUUCCUCUUCCCGGUGUACCUGCUGAUCUAUAUGCAUUGCAAAACUAUCGCACUCGUACAAAAAAUUCACAUACUUUUUUUUUUCAAAAGGAAAAGGCCUUCAAAUUGAUGCUGCCCCAAAUGUAGAAACUAGAUUUGUCAUAGAGCAGUACUGGUGAAUUUCUAGGAGUGCGAUACUUUUGCACUGGAUAGCCUACGCCUUCCUGCGAUUUCUGUACACCAAUCAGAUCGUGCAGACGUACUGCUGCACGCAACUUCCCUACGUAAACUCGAAGGCGAGUGGUGGGGGAUAGAGAAAGGCUCGGGGCGCGCUGAUGCAAAGGAGGGUCUUAAGAAUAUUUAUGAAUAUUCCUCUCCUGCUUGCUUAUUCGUGGAAAAAUCCAAACGAAAAUCUAAAAGCAGGCGCAAGGAAACGCAUAGAAAGAAACUAGUUUCGUUUCUUGGCGGAAAAAGAUAAGAAUAAGAUAAAGAUUUUGGUUGACCAGAACUUCGCUCUCUAAUUCCUUUGAUACCUCGUGUUAGUGUCCUCCGAGAUCGAGAUGGUCCGGAACCUCGUCACAAUUUAGAUUCAAACAGAAACAAUAAAGGAGCACGAUCAACAAAGUACGUGCCUCUGCCUCAUUUGUAGAUUCACGGUUUGGGCAGGUAGUAGGAUAAGUAGUGAAAGAACCACGAAGCUCUUUUCGACGCUAAAAAAUGCAUUUGUGUGUUGCCUGCAGACCUAGUACCACAAAGAUGGCUUCUAGUAGUAGCAGCAGACUGGAAGAACAUUCCAAAGCCACAGGAAAUGCUACACUCUUCGCCCUCCUAGUCGCGUUGCUACGCGGGCUUGCGCGUGCGUCACGCGUAGUACAUUUCGUGUGUUUAUGGCACCGUCGGAGGACUUGGCGGGAAUUUGUUUUUGCAGCGCACAGCGAGAAUGACUUUCAUAGAAGCCGCAGUCCCUGCUACGACGCACACACGCACAAAGAAGAAGAAGAGAACGACGGGAACAAGACAUGAUGCCGUCGUCUAGUGCUGUGAAGAAUCGUGCGAUUGUGUGCAUCUUCGUGAAUGUGCAAAAAAAAGAUUAAUUGGAAGCGCGGUGAACAACCAAAAUGAAAAUCUCCAAAUAUUGAGCUCCGCGCCGGUGGUCGUGUAGAGUAC